CCGCCUUCUUCACGUGUGGCACACUACGCACCCCACCAUCUCAUAUCUGCCACUGCCACUUUGUCUCUGUUAACAGCUAAAUUUCUUACUUAAAACAGUUGACACUCAACAUCUAACCCUCCAUCACAAGCCUGCCGAUUAAUAAUCGACGGUCCUGAAACCAACUUCGAGAAUGUAGGUUCAUCCUGUUCGGCUACACUCGGGUCUACCUGACCAAAUCCUCGCUCUAUAAAAACCCCACCACUUUCUUCUUUCAGAGCAGGCUAAUUAGUAGAGAGAGAGAGGACGGAGGUUUGAGUCUAAUGGCGCUCCGGUGGUCGUCUGCUUUCAUGUCGUACACAUCGGGAUUCGCGUGGAGGUGGCUCCCGCGAACGGGAUUCACGGAGUGGAAUCCGGGAAGGUACUUACGGUGGUGGCCAGAGUCGAACGUCUUGUCGAUGGUGGUAGACGACGUCAUGUGGCGUGUGGUCACGGCAUUCGAGUCCGUGGCCCUCGUCUCCAUGCUCUGUUUCUUCUUCCUCUUCUGCGGCUGCACUGUCUGAAAAUGUAUUGUUUGUAUCCAUACAUUUGCAGAUUAUACGCUGUGCGUAGAUAGUGCGUUUUCGUGUCUCUACGUACGCGCGUGCGCAAAUGUGGAAGGACGGUGAGGUCAUUCUGGCAGGGUUAUCGUAAUCUGAGUUGCGGCGGAGAAAUCAAUGCUGCCGGCUAAGAUUAGAACAGUUGAGGGAUGGGAACGGGACGAGGUUCGCUGCGAAUUCUGGAAUUGCUCUUUCACUUUUCUAUGUAAUGAUCUCUUGUAUCCAUUUAUUUGAUCUCCAUGUAGUGAUGACAGGAAUAGAGUGUUGUCUUUUUUGAAGAGCAAAAAAAAAAAAGUUGAUUAUGACUUCUUAAUUUUUGAAAUACAAAUUAACAUGUUGUGGUAAAAACUAAACUACUGUUUGCUUUAGUAGUAAUAUAUGGUUGAGCUUGGAAAACACGAUUGGUGAAACAGUGUAGUUUAACUCUUACCAUCCACUCCCAUCUAUGCUCUCCUCCUCCGUUCUUCCAAACAGAGUUCAAAUUUCACGGGCGAUUGUUUUUCAGAGCGACAAUGGCGUGGAGGCAAAUCAUACGCCAAGCUAGGAAGACAAUAAUGCAACCGAAUUCUUCUCCUUUGUUGUCUAGAUUCUACUCCAAAUCCACUCCAUAUAUUGACUUGUAUGUUUAGGUGUUUAUAGUCUGAAGGUAAGUUUGUUUUGUGAUUUGUGCUUUAGUUUCUAUUUGGGUUGCUGAGAAGGUCAAUAAAAGCCUGGAAAGAAGUUGUAGUCUUUUUUUAUCUGUCGAUUUUUGUUUUUAAUGCGAAAAUGCUGAAUUAGUCCGCUAAAUUUCUUACAUUGCUCAUUCCUUGAUUGAGGCUUUGCUCUCUUUUCCCAAAAUGAUAGUUUCAUGGAUGCUGCUCUCACGUUUUUGGUACCUUCGCUUAGUAACUACAAGAGAUUCAUAAUUUUUCUAAUCUGGAUACUGAGGCAUUGAUAGUUCCCACUGUUGCAGUGAAAGUAGGAAUUCCAGAGUUUUUUAGUGGAACAGGGAAAGGGGUUGAAACCCUUGUGCCCAAGCUUGAAUCUGAGAUCGGUGACCUUCAGAAACUGCUCGUCACUCGGACUCUUAAGCUCAAGAAACUGGGCAUCCCUUGCAAACAUAGGAAACUUAUAUUGAAAUACACCCACAAAUAUAGGCUUGGACUUUGGAGGCCUAGAGCUGACUCUGUGAAAGCCUGAUUAAGUCCUAUCUCAUGUGUGGUCUCCUGAGAACUAUUAUGUUGCUGCAUAGGUGUACUGGAAACAGGUUAGGAAUCCAGAGAGACAAGAAAUGGUUACUGAAGAGGUAUGUAUGUAUGUAUGUAUGUAUGUAUGAUAUGUAUGUAUGUAUGACAAUAAAAAUGAAUGCCAAAUUUAAUUCUGGAAUUCAAUUUGACAGUGGGUAUUGGUGGGGGAUUUUAAUACUCUAGCUUUGCCAUUACAAUUUAAAAACUCACAGCCAUACCAAUGUGAAAUUGCCCAUUUAUGUAGGAUUUAUAACAUACAUCCAUGUGGGGUAUUAUUUA